GCUUCGGCUUCCUGUGCCGGUCUGGUUAAAUGGUGGAUCGGUUAGGGGACGUUGUAUGACUUUGUGCCUCCAAUUACCAGAACAACCGGUUAGCUCGUGUACUUGCAUUUGACAGGUGCUCGUUUCAGUGAACCAUGGAGGCUCUGAUUCCUGUUAUAAACAAACUUCAAGACGUUUUUAAUACGGUCGGGGCCGAUAUUAUCCAGUUACCGCAAAUCGCAGUAGUUGGGACACAGAGCAGUGGGAAAAGCUCGGUUCUGGAGAGCCUGAUGGGCCGGGACCUGCUCCCACGAGGCACUGGCAUCGUCACUCGCCGGCCUCUCAUCCUGCAGCUCGUCCACGUGGACCCCGAUGACCGCAGGAAGACGGACGAGAAUGAUGCCAGCUCGGGGAAAAAUGGCCGCCUCUAUCGAGGCACAGAGGUUGAAGAGUGGGGCAAGUUUUUACACACCAAAAACAGGAUCUUCACAGACUUUGAUGAAAUCAGACAAGAAAUUGAAAGCGAAACUGACAGAGUAUCGGGUGUUAACAAGGGCAUUAGUGAUGAACCCAUUCAUCUGAAGAUCUUCUCUCCUCAUGUGGUAAACCUGACACUUGUGGAUCUUCCAGGGAUUACUAAGGUGCCUGUUGGAGACCAACCCAAGGACAUAGAGGUUCAGAUCCGAGACUUGAUCCUGAAACACAUGAGCAACCCCAACUGCAUCAUCCUGGCCGUCACCGCUGCGAACACAGACAUGGCCACCUCCGAAGCCCUCAAGCUGGCCCGGGAAGUGGAUCCUGAUGGACGGAGAACACUGGCAGUUGUUACCAAACUGGACCUGAUGGACGCUGGUACAGAUGCCAUGGAUGUGCUCAUGGGGAGGGUCAUUCCCGUCAAACUGGGCCUCAUCGGAGUGGUCAACAGGAGUCAGCUGGACAUUAAUACAAAGAAAACUGUGGCAGAUGCCAUCCGGGAUGAAUAUGCAUUCCUGCAGAAGAAGUACCCUUCUCUUGCCAGCAGAAAUGGAACCAAAUAUCUGGCCAGAACGUUAAACAGGCUUCUCAUGCACCACAUCCGGGACUGUCUGCCUGAACUGAAGACCCGAAUCAACGUACUGGCUGCGCAGUACCAGUCCCUGCUGAGCAGCUACGGGGAGCCCGUGGAUGACAGGAGCGCCACCUUGCUGCAGCUCAUCACCAAGUUCGCUUCCGAGUACUGCAACACCAUCGAGGGCACGGCCAAGUACAUCGAAACGGCCGAGCUGUGUGGUGGAGCUCGCAUCUGUUACAUCUUCCAUGAGACGUUUGGCCGAACGCUGGAAUCUGUGGACCCCCUGGGCGGACUGACCACCAUUGACGUGCUGACAGCGAUCAGGAACGCUACAGGACCGCGGCCUGCCCUCUUUGUUCCAGAGGUGUCCUUUGAGCUGCUGGUGAAGAGGCAGGUAAAGCGUCUGGAGGAGCCCAGCCUGCGAUGCGUGGAGCUGGUGCAUGAGGAGAUGCAGAGAAUCAUCCAGCACUGCAGCAACUACAACACACAGGAGCUGCUGAGGUUCCCCAAACUUCACGAGGCCAUCGUAGAAGUGGUCACCUCCCUGCUGAGGAAACGACUCCCUAUCACAAACGAGAUGGUACACAACCUGGUGGCUAUUGAGCUUGCAUAUGUCAACACCAAGCACCCUGACUUCGCUGAUGCCUGCGUGCUCAUGAACAGUAACAUCGAGGAGCAGAGGCGUAACCGGAUGAGGGACCUUCCCACCGCUGUCCCGCGUGAUAAGUCUUUCAAGGGUCCAGGUGUGCAGUCUAUCUCUCCACCUGAGGUCGCUGCCCCUGUGGAGUUGGAGGGGGCUAAGGUGUCUGCUUGUUGUUCACCUCCCCAGGCACCUGGGGGUGGCUCUCAGGGGGACGCUGAGGCGAGCAGUGGAGCAUGGAGGGGCAUGUUGAAGAAAGGGGAGGAAGGGCAAUCUGAGGAUAAGACUAAGCUGCAGAGCAGCCUCCCUGCCAGUCCGCAGAAGGGCCAUGCAGUGAACCUGCUGGAUGUGCCCGUCCCUGUUGCCAGGAAACUGUCUGCCCGUGAGCAACGCGAUUGUGAGGUCAUCGAGAGGCUCAUCAAGUCCUACUUCCUUAUUGUGCGGAAGAACAUUCAGGACAGCGUGCCCAAGGCGGUGAUGCAUUUCCUGGUGAACAAUGUGAAGGACAACCUCCAGAGUGAGCUGGUGGGGCAACUCUACAAGUCCGGGCUGCUGGAUGACCUGCUGACGGAGUCGGAAGACAUGGCCCAGCGCCGCAGUGAAGCGGCAGACAUGCUGAAGGCUCUACAGAAAGCCAGCCAGGUCAUUGCAGAGAUCCGGGAGACUCACCUGUGGUGAGGGUCUCUGGUGCGGUUGACCUCCACACAACCGACUUGAAAAAGCACUGCUGUGGAUUGAUGUGUGUCUCACUGCGUCUUUCACCGUGUGGAGUCUGCAAGCCAGGAUGUUAUGCAGUAUCAUUCUUUGCCAGUGUGACACACUUUCACUGGUAUCUUUUGCAAAUAAAAAAGAAAAACACGGAAUUCUAAGCAGUGUGGCUCAGCACUGCACUACGCCGGCAGUGUCAGUCUCCAUCCAUCAUGUGUCUAGCUCUCUCUGUUCAUCAUAGACUCUGAAAAUGAAUGCAACACUUUAAGUAUUUGUCCUGUGCGAUGUCUGAAAUUGGCUGAACAUCUGUACGUGGCUGUAAGACUUUGAGCAUGGAUGGAGUCUCCUCGAAUCGGGAUCCAGUGACUGGAAGUGCAGGCGGCUCCAGGUGGAUCACAUUACUAGUGACAUGGACUGGAGCAAUUGGGUGGUCGUGCACAGGGUUGUUCACUGUGAGUGUUUAUAUGUUACGUACAGGCUGGGUAGAGUAAGCAUGAUCUGCAUUGUUAAAUUAAGGUGUAAUAAAAUGACAGAGUUUUACCAAGCUGUCCCUGAGCACCUGUGCUGUUCUCUUGCUGUGUCUUAAUCAUCAACCUGGAAUAAACAGAAAUAUCUGGAA